AUGGCUUCAGCAGAGCUCAAGUUGCUUCCUUCCGAGGUGAUAUUCCUCCAAACGCUCCAGGGAAGCGAAUCGUCCACUGUUUACAAAGUUGCCGUGCACGGAAUGGAGUGUGUUAUGAAAGUGUUUCACGAGAGACCACGAGAAGAGUGGGAUAGGCCGGACAUCGAGGUUAGCCUUUGCAUGCGCGAGGUUGCUGCGUACCAGCGCCUGAAGGAGAAGGGACUCUGCGCGCGUGGGGACGUGCCCGACUUUUACGGCUUCAUGGUUGACAUCGACACGACUCAAUGGCCUACUCUCUCCGCGUUCGGCUAUGACGAGAUGUCUCCAAAAGCGAUACUGAUCGAAUACGUUCCUGACAUGAAACAAAUCGACCUGACCAACUACACAAAGGCGAGAGUCGAUAAAUUGCGUGACAUCCUGCUCGAAAUGCACGACAUGCGGAUUAUGCACAACGAUACCUAUCCCCGCAAUAUGAUGAUCUGUUCUGGAGAGAAGGAGCGGGUGCUGUGGAUCGAUUUCGAUGUGGCCCGACUAUUCCCGGAGGAUAAGCCCCUGACGGAAAGACAGGAGGAGAUGUUUGCGUGGGAUGUUGGUAUGAUGGACUGUUUCGCGAAAGCGAUGGCUGCCGACGCUGUAGAGGGAAAGAUCCACAAGGCGUGGCCUUGCUAUUAUGAUGGGACGUACACAUUCUGGAAGCGAGUCGAGAUGGGAUUACCAGGGUGGCCCGAACCUGACGAAGCUCAGAAGCCUAGAGCAUAGUUCAAUUCGGCAUGUCAACUAAUUGGACUUAGCACAUCACAUGUAUGUGACUAGGUUUACUCAUGGCCUCGCGCGCUAUUCUAAGGCAGAAGGAGAUGCUGCAUACUAUGAUCGCUAAUUGAUGGCCGACCUUUGGCUUGCCUUGAUGGUGCAGAUGCAAGCUUGGGCUGCUUGAGGUUGGCGACCAACAACCAUUUUCCUAAUAAUCCACAAUACCCCUUUUCAAAGCGACUUC